GUCCCUCAAACAAUGAAGCAUAAUCUUAUAUCAAUAGGCGAACAAGGUAGACAUGUUUUCAACCAGAAUCAGCAGAUUAUUCAGCUGGGAAAAGUGGGAAGACUUGAAGAGGCCAUCAAAGUUUUUUCACAAAUGACUCGGAAAAACCUUGUCACAUACAAUUCCAUGAUAUCAGUUUUUGCUAAAAAUGGUAGAAUCAAUGAUGCCAGAGAAUUGUUUGACAAAAUGUCCCGAAGAAACCUUAUUUCAUGGAACACCAUGAUUGCUGGUUAUCUACAUAACAAUAUGGUCAAAGAAGCUAAUGCAUUGUUUGAUGCAAUGCCUAAAAGAGACAAUUAUUCUUGGGCAUUGAUUAUAACUUGCUAUACUCAUGAGGGGCAGCUUAAAAAGGCUAGAGAACUGUUCGAUUUGGUUCCAGAUAAGUCAGACACUGCAUGUUGGAAUGCAAUGAUUGCUGGUUAUGCAAAGAAGGGUCAGUUUAAUGAUGCUAAGGCAAUGUUUGAUCUCAUGCCGGUCAAGGAUUUGGUUUCUUAUAACUCAUUGCUGGCUGGAUAUACCCGAAAAGGGGAAAUGCAUAUGGCAUUGAAUUUUUUCACUGAGAUGGUCAAGAAAAAUGUGGUUUCAUGGAACUUGAUGGUGGCUGGGUUCAUUGAUAUUGGUGACUUGAGAUCUGCUUGGCAGUUCUUUGAAAAAAUUCCGAAUCCUAAUGCUGUUUCUUGGGUUACAAUGUUGUGUGGAUUUGCAAGACAUGGUAAAAUUAUAGAGGCUAGAAAACUCUUUGAUAAAAUGCCUAGUAAGAAUUUGGUUUCUUGGAAUGCAAUGAUAGCAGCAUAUGUGCAUGAUUUACAAAUUGAUGAAGCUGUUAAGCUAUUCAUGGAAAUGCCAGAGAAAGAUUGUGUGUCAUGGACUUCAAUAAUAAAUGGGUAUUUUAGGGCUGGUAAGCUUGAUCAGGCACUAGAAACUUACAAUCGGAUGCCCUACAAAGACAUAGCAGCGCAAACGGCAAUGAUAUCAGGAUUAGUACAGAAUAAAAAGAUAGAUGAGGCUAGUCAAAUUUUUAGUCAAAUGGGCGCUCGUGAUGUUAUUUGUUGGAAUAGCAUGAUUGCAGGCUACGUCCAGUGUGGAAGAAUGGACGCUGCUCUUAAGUUAUUUAGAGAAAUGCCUGUUAAGAACACAGUUACGUGGAGUACUAUGAUUUCUGGGUAUGCUCAAGUGGGACAGAUGGAUAAGGCAAUAGACAUCUUUCAGGACAUGGGAGAAAAGAAUAUAGUUUCAUGGAAUUCUCUAAUUACUGGUUUCAUACAAAAUAAUUUAUUCUUUGAAGCUGUCAAGAGUCUAGUUCUGAUGGGUCCAGAAGGAAACAAACCUGAUCAAUCAACUUUAGCAUGUGGGUUAAGUGCUUGUGCCAACCUGGCUGCUCUGCAAGUUGGCAAACAACUCCAUGAUUACAUUCUAAAGAGUGGCUAUAUAAACGAUUUGUUUGUUUCCAAUGCCCUGAUUUCCAUGUAUGCCAAAUGCGGAAGGGUAUAUAGAGCCGAACAAGUGUUCAGAGAUAUUGAUCAUGUUGAUCUUGUUUCUUGGAAUUCCUUGAUUUCAGGUUAUGCUCUAAACGGGUAUGCAAAAGAGGCAUUUAAGCUUUUUGAAGAGAUGUUACUAGAGGGGACAACGCCUGACAAUGUAACUUUCAUUGGGUUGUUGUCAGCAUGCAGCCAUGCUGGCUUAGCUGAUCAAGGCUUAAACUUUUUUAAAGCCAUGAUUGAAGAAUUUGCCAUAGAACCUUUGGCUGAACAUUAUAGCUGCCUGGUUGAUUUGCUUGGUCGCAUGGGAAGGUUAGAGGAAGCCUUUGAAAUAGUGAAGGGGAUGAAGAACGUCAAAGCAAAUGCUGGAUUGUGGGGUUCACUGCUUGGAGCUUGUCGUGUACACAGGAAUUUAGAACUCGCUAGAUUUGCUACUGAGAGGCUUGUAGAACUCGAACCACAUAAUGCCUCAAACUAUAUUACGCUGUCAAAUAUGCAUGCUGAGGCUGGAAAAUGGGAAGAAGUUGAGAGAGUGAGAGUCCUCAUGAGGGACAAAGGAGCGGGGAAGCUGCCUGGCUGCAGUUGGAUUGAAAUCAGAAAUCAGAUACAAUCCUUUGUUUCAGAUGAUCCAGCAAAGUUGAGACCUGAAAAGAAUAUACUGAAGACCUUAAACACACACAUGAAAGACAAAGGCGACACACCAGACAUCGGCUUUUUACUUUUUGACAUUUUAACCAAGCAAUCUAUAUGUCAAUAUUGAUGUUCUCAUUCGAUCAGAUCACUUCACAGAGAAUGUGAUUAUCAGCUAUGUUAAUGUUGACAAAUUCUUGUGGAAGUUUGGCUGCUUCUUUUAAGUCAUCAUUUCAGGUACAAACAGUGUAGCUCCUUCCUCAAGCUACGUGCUUGUUGGUUUUGAAUUUGCCCUACAAUUAUUGCAGGAAUGCUCACUUCUAAUUUGAUGUGAAGGCUUGGGAUGGUUUGAGCAAUAGCAAGGAGCAAGAGAAUUGGAACGAAUCAAACCAAUUCUUGAUUUACAGUUACAUGCUUAUUGAUCUCAUAGGUUAAGUGAAAUCUUGUAGGAUCAUUCAUAAGAUCACCUCCACUGAAUGCCAACAUGAGCAGGUAUUUACCUUGCAGAGACGGACUCUCAAAUCUUGUAGAAGAAAUCCAUAAGAAUAUUCUAUCCAGCUUUAGCUUUAACUUCCUAAAAUUUUUCAGCACUUUUUUUUU